GGAAGCCCCUCCAGCAUUCUCUAGCGCGCGCCAUGGCGUCUUCCGCCCUCAGCAGCAUAGAGGAUUCAGCAGAACAAACAGCUCAGAGGAACCCUGAUCCAAAAACCGCACGGCAGAUUCGUGCAACACGAAAGUCCCUCACGACAGCCUCCAAGAAUGUGAAACCAAUCUCGACAGCCCCGCUUCUCCACGCCAAAGAACACGACGAGGCCGGUGAGAAUGCGCCUAGCACAAGUAGGAGUUCCCGAAUUUCAGGGGUCCGGUUGAAGACGUCCAAGCAGGUUUACGACCUGGUUCGCACUAACCCCAGCUACGAUGGGAAGAGGUGUCACAUUGUGUACCACGACAGAGUGGCUGACAGAUACAUGCGGACGGCGUUGGCGGACUGGACCCCUGCGAGCGCGCAGGGAGACGUGCCAUGGCACCGCGUGUGGUUCUUCACAUACAACGGGACCGUUUUCUGGGACCGUGAGCGCCGCUUCUUCGACCACUGCCUCCUGCGCCGCCUUGCUUCCGGUGAUGCCGCCCCGUCCUACGAGAACGUGACACGCGGCGCCCAGCAACUGGCCGAAACGCUUCCUCGCGACUUCCGAUUGGCAACUUUGAACCUCCUUGCAGGUGCCAACUUCCGCAAAGACGUGGACCCAAACCCACCCGUAUCAGACGUCUCCAACGUGCUGCGAAGUUUGGACGCUGACGUCAUCAUGCUCCAGGGGUGCACGAAAGAGACGCUUGAGUUUCUCGAGGAGCAGAACUGCGUUUGUGAGGGUUAUGAGAUGGUCUACUCAGACUUGGAGCCUUCCGGCCAGAUCACGCUCGCGCGCGCCCACCACAAGCGAGCAUCCCAGCACAGCCUUUCGGCGUCGAAUAAGAGAGCGCUCAGAGUCUGCCAUAAAACGGCGAACGGUGUCGACUUCGAAACGUGGAACGUAGACUUUCGAGCGUCGACAGGGGAGAGAGACAGCAUUUCUGAACGUGCGGGGAGGCGGUUGAGUAAAGACGGAACGGCGCCGAGCGGAACGCAUAAGACCGGAACGGAGCUGAUGAGCCAGCUCGAGCAGUGGACGUACAUCUCGGAAACUUAUGCGGCCAUCGUAGCGGGUGACUUCGGAUUCUGUGGCCGGAAAGAUGACGACGUCGGGCCUUUCAGCCAGAGUGCGGAUCGCGAUUGGUGCGACGCGUGGCUCUCGGGUCGGCACCCGGGGGAACCCCCCGUGGACGAAAAGAACAGUUCACAAGCAGCGGAAGGGCAAUCGGGGGAUACUUCCCGAGCAGUUGACUCUCGGUGGGCGGUUGGAGGGAAAACGUUAAGCCGCCCAGAUCGUAUCUAUACCCGGUCCUCACAGUUUGUGAUCAAAAGCGCAAGGACUUUCAGGGUUAGCGGGUCGGACUUGUUUCAGCACUUCGAGGUCGUGGUAGACGUACACGUGGACCCGUCGAGAGCCGUCGAUGACUGGGAAAGGCUGGAAACGCCUGGGCGGUGA